AUGAGCGCGCAGGCCGCGGUCGCGGCCGCGCGCGCGGCGCUCCUCUCCGAGCCGCGCUCCGAUCCGUCGACAACGUCCGCGUCCGACGACGCCGCGAAAGCGAGAGCCAGGGCGGAGCGACUCAAGGCCGCCGCGGACGCGGAGGUGGGCGGCGCGGAGACGGUCUCGGAGACGAUCGGGAAAGUCUUCGCGGGGUACACGUGCGGCACGCUGAACGUGCGUCGCGUCCUCCGCCCGCUCGGCGCGUCGUCGUCGUCGUCGUCGUCGUCGUCGUCGUCGUCGUCGUCGUCGUCGUCUAAACAUCGUCGCGGCAUCGAACACCCCGGGGACAUCGCGGAGGCGGCGUCGCUCGCGUCCAUCCCGCUCCCGCCCGCGACGUACCCGCUCGUCGACGCGAUCGGCGACGACGUCGUCGACGGCGGGAAGCUCUCGAAACUGCAGCUCGAGGGCGUCACCUACGCGUGUCAGAAACACUGCGAGAUUCUCCCCGACGGCUGCAGAGCCGGGUUCAUGAUCGGCGACGGCGCGGGCGUCGGGAAAGGACGGCAGAUAGGCGGGAUCGUGCUGGAUAACUACGCGCGCGGACGGAAGAAGCACCUGUGGCUGUCCUCCAGCGCCGACCUGCACCGAGACGCGGAGCGAGAUCUGCGCGACCUGGGCGCGUCCCAUCUCGCGCCGGUCCCCGUACGACCGCGUCGGCGCGGUGCACGCCGUUUCUUAAGGACUUUCUUCUCUCCCGGCGGAUGCUACCUCCGAGUCAUCAACAACUGCGGCGAGCUGGAUAAAGACAAGACGCCGCGCGAGAAGCGCGAGGGGGUGCUGUUCCUGACGUACUCCACGCUCGUCUCGAGGACGAGCAAACGAAGCAGGUUAGACCAGAUCGUGGAGUGGUUCGGAGGCGCGGACGCGGACGGAUGCGUCCUCUUCGACGAGUGCCACAAGGCGAAAAAUUCCGGAACGUCGGGCGACGGCGGCACGAAAGUCGCGCAGUGCGUCAUCGAGCUCCAGCGCCGAUGCCCGAACGCGAGGGUCGUGUACCUGUCCGCGACCGGCAUCAGCGAGAUCGGGAACAUGGCGUACAUGCAGCGGUUGGGGUUUUGGGGCGUCGGAACGCCAUUCGCGGAUGCCGAUAAGUUCAUGUCCGCGAUGAAAAAUCGCGGCGUCGGCUUCCUCGAGAUGCUCGCCAUGGAGAUGAAAGCGAGCGGUAAAUACGUCAGCCGCGGGCUGUCGUUCCGCCAGGCUGAGUUCACGAACAUUGAGGCGACGCUGACGACGGCGCAGACGCGGAUGUACAACGACGCCGCGGCGUUCAUGACGACGCUUCGCGCGUGCCUGACGCAGGCGCGUUCUGUGCGAACGUUUUGUACAAUUUUCACCCGCCGCUCGGCGCUGCAGGAGUGCCGCGCGGACGCCGGGCAAGUCGGCGCCGCGAAGAAGGCGUACUGGAGCGCGCACCAGCGGUUCUUCAAGCUCAUGUGCGUGUCGAUCAAAGUCCCGACCGUCGUCGCGGAGGCGAAGCGCGCGCUGGAGGAGGGGAAGUGCGUCGUGAUCGGGCUGCAGGCGCGUCCCGGUCGCACCACGGGCGAGGCCGCGGACGCGGCGCUGGAGCUGACGCCGGGGGCGAGACUGAGCGACUUCGUGAGCACGACGCGCGAGAUGCUCCGAGGGUUCAUACGGACUCACUUCCCGACGCACGUCGUGGACGUCGCCGCGCCGGGGAUGCGAAACCAGACGUCGAUGAAUUUCGACGCGAUGGGGGGGAUGAACCCGUGGGGCGGGUUCGACGGGUACUCGUUAGUAGCGAAGUACGGCGGAAUGCUGCCGAACGGAAUGAUGAUGCCGCCGCCGGGGUCCACGAUGCUCCCGAACGGAAUGAUGCCGCCGCCGCCGCCGCCGCCGCAGCCGCAUCCCGGGUAUCUGCUUCCGCCCGCGCCCGCGACGCCGGCGCUCAGAGAACACGCCGAGUGCGUCGCCGCUCGCGACGCGCUCCUCGAACGCACGUCGCGGCUCGAUCUCCCGCCGAACUUCCUCGACGAGCUCAUCGACGCGCUGGGCGGGAAAGACGCGGUCGCGGAGAUGACCGGACGACGCGGCAGGGUCGUGCGCGCGUCGAAGAAGAAGCGCGAGCGCGACGACGGUGACGGAGACGGAUGCGAAAACGGCGGCGAGCUGACGUUCGAGCUCCGCGGCGAGGCGAGGGCCGCGAGCGGCCGCGCCGCCGCCGGGUCCAUCGCCGGCGACGGCGAAGUCGACGGCGUGAACCUCAAAGAGAAAGAGCUCUUCAUGAGCGGCGCGAAGCUCGUGGCGAUCAUAAGCGACGCCGCGAGCACGGGGAUAUCGCUGCACGCGCGCGAGGACGCGGGGAAUCGACGACGCAGAGUCCACGUCACGAUCGAACUCCCGUGGAGCGCGGACAAGGCGAUUCAGCAGCUCGGGCGGACGCACCGAUCGAACCAAACCUCCGGGCCGAUGUACGCGAUGUGCAGCACGAACUUGGGGGGCGAGAAACGGUUCGCCGCCGCCGUCGCGCGUCGGUUGCAAUCGCUCGGGGCGCUGACGAGGGGCGACAGACGCGCGGCGACGGGCGUGGACUUACGCGAGGGCGACCUCGACUCUCCGCUCGGUCGCCGCGCGCUCAAGAAGACCUACGACGCGCUGUUGUUGAUCAGGACGCCGCUUCCGACGGGGGUUACGCUCGCGUCGGUGCUGGCGCACCUGGACCCGCGCGCGGAGGCGGACGCGAGCGAGGAGGAGAGAGGGCUGACCGCGGAUGAAAUCUUCGAGCUUGAAAAAAGCCGCGCCGGCGCGGGCGUCGCGGCGCUGCACGCGGAGCUUCGCGCGCUCGUCGUCGACCUCGGCGUUCAGGUCGGUCUGCACCCCGAGGGCUUAGACCCGGAGCGCCGGCUCGCGCUGGAGGAGACGUCGGGAGGAGGCGCCGGCGGUUCUUCGAAGGACGCGGGCGACGUCCGACGGUUCUUGAACCGAAUCUUGGGACUUUAUUUCCCGGCGUCUCUCUCCGCUCACACCUCGCUUUCAAUCUCCGCCCUCGGCGCCUUUCAACUUCAACUGACGCCUUUCAACUCCACCCCGACGUCGCUUUGUAUGGAAUGGCCCUCAGGCCUCCCCGUGCGCGGGCAAAACCUCCUCUUCGGGUACUUCACCGAGGUGCUCGAGGCGGAGGUGAAAGCCGCGAAAGCGGAGGGGAAGUACAGCGAGGGCGUCAGCGAUCUGAGCGGCUCGAACAUUCGCAUCGAGUCCACGCGGACGGUCCUGAAGGACAGCGGCGAGGGAAAAAACGGCGGCUCUUCCGGCGGCGCUUCGGGCGGGAAGCUCUUGGGCGGCGCCGAACUCAAGCGGACGCGCGUGCUCAUCGACCGCGGCGUCUCUUUCGACGUCGCGCUCGGAAUCCUCGCCGCGAACCGGCGGAACCCGCGCGACGGGUUCUAUCGCAUGCGACGCGAGAUGUUCGGACGCGCGCAGAUCGUCCUCGCGCUCGCCAAGGUGGGCGCGAAGAACGUCUUCGGGAUUUGGCGGCCCAACACCGGCGCGUCGUUUUUCGAGAUGGACGUCGACGACUUGACGCAAAAGUACGUCAAGUACGACGAGCGCGACGAGGCGUCCGCGUGCGCGCCGUGGACGGCGACGUACGAGCUCACGGAGCACAAGUGCAUGCACGGCGCGACGUGCGAGAGGGGCGCCGGGUGCACCGCGGGGAGCAGGGCGGUGCGGUGUUGCAUCCUCAGCGGCGCCGUCGUGCCCGCCUGGGGCGUCCUCGAACGCGUGUUGGAACGCCACGAGCACCGGUUCAACAAGAGCGAUCGCGGGAUGCGCGCGGUGAAGGUGGUCGCGGAGGACGGCACGAAAGUCGUCGGGAUUCGGUACCCGGAAGAUUUGAUACCGGAGGUGAAGGAGCGCAUCGCGCAGGAGUGGAGUUCGUCGAUCGCGAUGGCGGCGGCGGCGGCGGCGGCGGCGGGUGGGGGUGGGGGCGGCGGAGGGGGUACGACGGCGAAACGAGAACCGCCGGCCGGGGUCAUCUCCAUCGACGUCCCGUCGCCGCUGUCGCCGAACGGCGCGCGCGUGCGCGUGGAAGCGCCGACGCCGGUGAGCGCGUCGUGCGCGGCGCGAGCGCGAAGGGCGCCGACGACGAUGCAUUCGUUUUUUCAAAAACGAGAACGAGACGCGAUCGACGGGAGCGACGUCGACGGGAGCGGGCGCGGCGGCGACGGCGGCGACGCGAAGCCCGCCCCCGCCGCGGCGAAGAAGGCGAAGGGCAACGCGCUCGACAACCCUCUCGGGUUCGCGCCCGCCGCUUCCAGCGCGAGCGCGGCGGCAGCGACGAAGCCGAAGCCAAAGCCCGAGGGCGGCUCCUGCGGCGGCGGCGGCGGCUCGAACGUGUGCGAGAACUGUCCCAUCUGCGGCUUCACGUUCCCGCGAACGGCGCUGAACACGGACGUGAACGCGCACAUGGACGCGUGCAUAGCGAACACCGUGCUCUGAGACGACGACGACGACGACGACGACGCGAGGAUGCUUUAAUGAAGUUUUAGCGCCUAAAGUUAAGGUUA